AUGAGUUUAAAACCUUUCUGUUGUGAACCUACUGUGGAAGAUAUCGAUUACAGAAUGUAUGAAGCACUACGAGUAAAUCCAAUACAAACAAUAAACUAUGUGGGAAGAACAUCAGUAAACCCAAGUAAUUGGUGUUUGUAUAAAAAGUGUCCUACUUUGCAAACUGACAAAGAAUGUAUUUGUUGUUUUCAGUUCGAAAAUAUAUCGAAUUUGCAUUCUAAUAAAAUGCGUGACAAAUCUUUUAAAAAAAUGAUGAUGGACCAAGAAGUUUUGAACAUUACUAGGCAACAAAUGAUUUUGAAAACUAAUGAUGUAAAACGAAAAAAAAAUGCUUUCAACAUCAAAUCUGGAAAACAAAACUUGGAGAUUUAUAUGUUACAAAUAAUUUACGCAUUAGAUAAAUUCAUGGAAUGCAAUAGGAAAAGGUAA